CAUAACUAUGCCUCGUGGUCGACCUCACCAUCUUUUCUUUCCUCAAGGCCUCAAGCCCCGAGCUCCGAGCUCUUCUUAUAUCUCGGACGGCGCGAACCUGGCGCGUCCUGCCCACCAUUAUCUCCAAUCUACUCUUCACCGUGAAAGUACCGACUGUGUGCGCACUUCCUACUAACGAUAACCAGCAAUGAAGCCCACCUCGGGCACCCGCAAGCCCUACACCGGGCAGUCGCGGAGUCUCGUCCUUGCAGUGGACAUUGGGACAACAUUCAGCGGCGUGUCUUACGCCAUUCUCGAGCCGGGCGAGGUGCCCAAGAUCCAUGGAGUUACACGAUUUCCGGGGCAAGAACAUGUUGCAGGAAACUCGAAAGUCCCCACAAUCAUGUAUUAUGACAGUCAUGGGCGGAUGAUGGCGGCAGGCGCAGAAGCAGAGAGCGCGUCGACGGUCGCGCAAGCGGAAGACGAGGGCUGGGUGAAGGCCGAGCUCUUCAAACUACGUCUCCGCCCCAAGAACAUGAAACUCAAAAUGAACGGCAUGCGCUUCGCGCCGCUUCCCUCGGGGAAGACGGCCGUCGACGUCUUUGCUGAUUUCCUGGCCUAUCUAUUCAACUGCACGCGGUCAUUCAUCGUUGACACGCAUGCGAACGGCCCUGCGCUCUGGCAUGCAGUCGAGCAGAACAUCGAGUUUGUCCUCAGUCACCCGAACGGCUGGGAAGGCGCGCAGCAGACGAAGAUGCGCCGUGCUGCUGUGUAUGGAGGUUUGAUACCCGAUACAGAUGAGGGAAAGGCACGAAUACGCUUUGUGACGGAAGGCGAGGCAAGUCUGCACGCAUGUGUACUGAAUGGUCUUGCUGCGGAUGUCCUGCAGAACCCAUCAGGGCACGGGUUCAUCGUUGCAGAUGCUGGUGGUGGUACACUGGAUAUCAGCUCGUACGCCAUCAGGGGAACGUCACCUCUCGUCAUCGAAGAGAUUGCUCCGCCGGACUGCGUCUUUGCUGGCUCUGUCUUCGUCAGCAGACGAGCACGAGCUUUCUUUGAGGAGAAACUGAAAAGUUCGAAGUACGGCACUCCCGACUCACUCGAUCACAUCACCAAACGCUUCGACGAGACCACUAAACGGCUGUUCCGUGAUCGCAAGGAGCUGCAGUUUGUCCCAUUUGGCUCACCACUUGACAAGGAUCCGACCGUUGGUAUCCGAGGUGGGCAACUGAAGCUUACUGGCGCUGAGGUAGCCGCACUGUUCGAGCCGUCAGUCGAGGCCGCAGUACAAUCAAUCAAGGCGCAGAUUGACGCGUCAGGCGGAGCUGUCAAGUCGGUAUGGCUCGUUGGAGGUUUCGCAGCAAGUCCUUGGCUUUUCAGUCAGCUACAGGAGCGUCUUGCUCCCUACCAUGUCACCGUCAGUCGACCAGACAGCCAAACGUCGAAGGCGGUCGCAGAUGGUGCCAUUGGUUUCUACUGCGACCAUCACGUCUCAGCGCGCAUGUCCAAGUUCAUGUACGGUGUUGAGUACCUACGAGAAUUCGAUCCAAAAGAUGAAGAACAUGCCGCAAGGAAGCAUCGCUUGUUCGAGUUGCCUUCGGGCCCGAAGUUGUUGCCAGACGCAUUUGACUGCAUCUUGAACAGAGGCGUGCGUGUGAAAGAGUCGACAGUAUUCAGUAGAAAGUACUGCACGGAGGUCACGAACCUGUCAACGUUGUCCGUCUUUGAAGUCGAGAUUUGGUGUUAUAGAGGCGGAGGGUCAGUGCCCAAGUGGAUCCUCAGAAAUGCCGACAACUUCUCGACUCUGUGUUACGUACGUGCGGACCUGUCCCCUCUGGCAGGGAGCGCACAAUCGAAACAGGGCAGGAAUGGGAAGACCUACUGGACCAUCGUGUUCAAUAUCGAAAUCCACUUUGGGCUGACGGAGUUCAGGGCCCGCAUCAAGUGGUUGGACAAUGGAAAGACCAGAUACGGCCCUGCGUCAAUCGUGUACAACGAGAGCGGUCAUCGUGCGGAAGAAGACGAGCCCGACGAGUCUCCAGAAGACAAUGUUACGAUCCUCUCCACUCAGUCGGACAGGUCACGACAGCCCUCGCGAGUACCCUCGAGGGAGCCCUCCCAAGCUGCCCCGAGUUCACGCGUCAGCUAUGCACCGCGCUCGCCAAGCGUAGAGACAACUCGCCCGGAGCUCUCGCGGUCUUCGACUACGCGUAGCGCAAUGCGGUCCGAGACACGUACGCCCGUCGACAAGGGCAAGCAGCGAGAAAUCAUCCCGGAGACGCCGCGCCCUGCGACCCUUGACCGGUCUGUGAACGUGUCUGGUCGUUCGGCGGACUCAGGGAGGAGUGGCCAGUUGGCGGAGGCACUCAGCUCGGUUUGGGGCUCAGCGUCGAAGUAUCAGUCUCCUGCAGUUUCCAGAGUAGAGUCGUCGAGGUCGACAACGUCGAAGGCACCCACCCCCAAGGCGACCACCCCUAAGGCAUCGAAGGCGCCGACACCUCAGUCAACGUCGAAGGUGGCGACGCCCAGGGCUGACCCAGAGCCGUUGCCUGCAGAGCCC